UAGUGGGGCCGUGAGCUUUAUAAUAUUAGAGUACAUAGACAAAGAUUUCACUCGCACCGCAUUCACUCCAGUCCGCUUCGUUCGACCGGUUAUCUUCUGUAAGCGGAGCCGGCGUAGCUCCAGCGGAAGAAGGCGGCACCCACGUAUACCGGGAGAAGCGUGCUUGGCAAGAACAUUACCGCAGUAGCCCGCGGCAACCCGAAUCCGCCUCUCUGGAGCAUAUGCUCGGAUCCCUCCGAGCAGACAUGAGUCGUCAAGGAGUUCAAACCCCCCAGAAGGGAUGCUGCAACGCCUGCGAGAAGCCCAUCGUCGGACAGGUCAUCACGGCGCUGGGUCGAACCUGGCACCCUGAGCACUUCACGUGCGCUCACUGCAAUCAAGAACUAGGCACGAGGAACUUCUUUGAGCGCGACAGCAGACCGUACUGCGAGCCUGACUACCACAAUCUCUUUUCUCCGCGAUGCGCCUACUGCAAUGGACCAAUUCUCGACAAAUGCGUGACAGCGCUUGAGAAGACCUGGCACACGGAACACUUCUUUUGCGCUCAAUGCGGCCAGCAAUUUGGAGAAGAGGGUUUCCAUGAAAGAGAUGGCAAGCCCUACUGCAGGGCUGACUAUUUUGACAUGUUUGCGCCCAAGUGUGGCGGUUGCAACAAACCAAUAAUGGAAAACUACAUCUCAGCUCUGAACACUCAAUGGCAUCCUGAUUGCUUCGUCUGCAAGGAUUGCCAAAAUCCCGUUAAGGGUAAAACAUUCUAUGCCAUGGAAGGAAAACCCGUAUGCCCAGCUUGCGCUGGAGUAGAUGAAGAAGAUUAAGGAAUGACAUCUUUGCCCCUCAAAAUGGAUGCCCCCUCCCCCCUUUCUUUUUCAGCUAUGCUCGUCGGCAAAACGUCGAGAUGUACUCCAUACGUAUGAACAAAACACGAAACAAAACACAGAUGAUAUAUAUGAUAUAUUCUAUAACAAUCGCAAUAAAGUCUAGUCCUAGCAUAUUUAUAAUAGGGAAACGUAAAUUAUGUAAUAUAUUUUUGUAAUGUUAUUGUAAUGUUAAGAUUUAUAAAAUAAA